GCCCCUUCCACGUCGCCACUGCUCACCGCAGUGUUUAUAAAUCCGGAGGACCGGAGGUGCACUGAGCUCCUUCACUAGUUUCCGCCAUGAGACUCUCUUUCUUUGCGUUCGGUGCGGCGCUGCUGAGCGGUGUACUCGCUUCCAACGUCAUCGAGCUCACCCCGGACAACUUUGACGAAUACAUUGGCAAGGGCAAGCCCGCGCUCGUCGAAUUCUUUGCACCCUGGUGUGGCCACUGCAAGAACCUCGCGCCCGUAUACGAACAGCUCGCGGAUGCAUACGCACAUGCGAAGGACAAAGUGAUCAUCGCGAAGGUUGAUGCCGACGGCGAGGGCAAGCCUCUUGGUCAGAAGUACGGUGUGACGGGCUACCCAACACUGAAGUGGUUUAAUGCGGACGGCGGGGAGCCAGAGAAGUACGAAGGCGGACGUGACUUGGAAAACCUUGUCGCACAUGUAACGGCGAAGUCGGGCGUGAAGUCCAACAUCAAGCCUCCCCCGCCUCCCGCUUACACUGUUCUCGACACCCACACCUUCGAUAAUCUGGUUAUGGACCCCACCAAGAACGUACUCGUCGCGUUCACUGCGCCUUGGUGCGGCCACUGCAAGCGCAUGAAGCCAGAGUUUGAGAAGGCAGCCAUUGACUUCCUUGCUGAUGAGGACUGUGUUGUCGCCAACGUCGACGCCGACGCCGCGCCCAACAAGCCCCUAGCCCAGAAAUACAAGAUCGGCUCCUUCCCGACUCUCAAGUUCUUCUCGAAGGACAACAAGGAACCCGAGGAGUACGAGGGCGGGCGCACCGAAGCCGACUUUGUGGACUUCCUGAACGAGAAGUGCGGCAAGAAGCGUGCCGUCGGCGGUGGACUCAACGAGGAGGCCGGCCGCCUGCCCGAGUUCGACGCGCUCGCGAGCAAGUUCUUCGUCGCGGCCGCGGACGCGCGGAGUAGCAUCUACCAGGAAGCACUCGCGCUCGCGAAGGCGGGCGGCGAGACGAGCAAGCACUACCUGCGCGUGAUGGAGAAGGUCGUGAACGGCACGGAGGACUACGUCCAGAAGGAGUCCAAGCGGCUGUCGUCGAUCUUGCAGAAGAAGACGCUCGCGCCGAAGAAGCUCGAUGAGAUCAAAAUCAAGGCCAACGUCCUUGCCGCGUUCGCUGCGCAGAAGGCCGAGGAGGCGAAGGAGGCCUUUGAUGAGAAGGUGCACGAGGAGCUGUAGGCAUGGUUUGAGCGUGUCCUCCUAGCUUGAGUUACUCCUUCAUGUUAUCGAUCGCGCGUUAGAGCUAUUCUAUCUGGAUCAUCU